AUGAGCUUCAUCAACUUACUCGUAGAUGAAGGCCUUUUUGGCGAGAAAGAUCCUUUCAUUCAGAACGAAGAUGAUUAUUCCAUAGCUGAAAUCAUCCCUAAGAUCCUUCAGAAACGAUCUUUCCUUGAUUUGACCGAAACUUCUUUAAAAGAACCCGAAGUUGUUGAAGAGAAAGAAGAGUUGAAAGAUGAAAAGAUUAAUGAACUCAAGAACGAACUUACUAAAAACAUCAAUCUUGCUUUGAAUGAAACCUCCUUAUCGUUGGAUUUGGUAUCAUUACUUUUAUCAUCAUCGAAACCAAAUUUAUCCAAAGCUACCAUAUCACCAUUUUUAUCUAAAACCGUCCCAUUAGGUUCACUUAAUUCAAAUAAACUCCAUAACACUCAAGAACAUACCGAGGAUAAUAGUCUUAUAGGUCAAGGAUGGAGACACGAAUCCAUAAAUAAGAUCCAGAAGCUCUUGAAAGAUAAAUCUAUGGAGUUGAAGCAAUCAUUUGAGAAAGAUAAGAAGUACUGGUCUAUGAUAAAUGAAAUCAUCAACAAUAACGAGAUUCUUAUCAAAUUGAGAGAUCCUGUGAACAAUCAGAAAGCUAUAGGGGUGAAAUAUGGAUAUGGUGAUAGUGGAUCUAACUAUUCAGAUAAAGGUAUAGCAGUUUUGAGACGAGAUGAAACUGGAGGCAUUCUUUUCCAUCCAUUAAUAAACAAAGAUCAUAAAUUCGUCAGAGUUAAGAUUUUAACCAAGAAAGAUAAUGAUUUUGUUAUAACUGGAGAAUCAACUUUCAAGAAUAAGUUUAGUGAUGAUCUUACUGGACAAAUUGAGAUGUCAAGAUUCUUUAUCUUUGAAGAUGAUUUGUUCUACAAUUUACUCAGAGAAGCCAGAGUAUUGAUCAGUUACAAUGUUCAAUUGGUAUCUAAUAAGAUCUUAAUCGAUAUAGGUGACGAGUUGAUCGAAAUAGAGUCAGUCAAUUAUGAUAAAGAAGAUACUGAUGAUAUGGAAGUUGAGCUUGAAACCAAAGAAAAUGACCAUAAAUGUGAUCUCAUACUUAAUUUCCUCAAAAUAAUGUUAUGUGGGUACUAUAAAUAUAACCUUAACUUAAAACAAAAGAUCCCUACCAACUUCACCAAAUUCAAACAGAACAAUUCACAUCCUUUGUUACUCCGAGCUUUGCUUGGGACUAUUAAUCAUGAAUUGAACUUCAAAAAAAUCACUACCAUAAUCAACGAUAAGAUAGAAUCAUAUAAGAUGGGACAAUUAGAGGUGAAGAAAUUCGAUAACAUUAAUGAUACAUCCAAUGCUUUCAUAAAGUCCAUAGAAAAGCCGGUGUCGACAUUUGAAUUAGUGUUGAACAAUAAGGGCAAAUAUCUCAAGAUCAGUCUUUCACUCACAUGUGGAGAGAUCUUGGUGAAUUUGAUCGUUAAGGUGAAUAUCAUCAGGUUUGAUAAUUAUGAAGAUAUGAAGAGUAAUGAGAAUGGUGGUAAUGUGUUAAUGUUGGUUUUCAAUGAUAUAGAUGAAGUUGAUCAAUGUUUAGAUUGGUCCAUAAAAAACUUUGUAGAAUAA